GAGAGAAGAAGAAGAGAGGAUCUGAUGCGACCUGUAUCCAUCCUCUCUGCGCCAAAACACUGACCUUUGCUUACUGUCAAAAUUUAAAAAGAGAGAGAGAAAGAGGUCAACUGGGUCCUUUUGUGCUUCGAUUCUGGUUGAGUAUAUUACUAUCAUAUAUUUGAAUAGUGUGAAUGUGAAAGAGAUAAGCUUUACCUUUUGGUGUUUUGGUUUUCUUUUCCAUGCCAACUUUUUGAGUUCCCUUUUGGUGUUUAUAUACGGUUCUAACUUUUUCUUGGGGUCCUUUUCAUUUUUUGUCAAAUAUGCUGACAAAGAAUUGGUCAAUCGGGCUGAUGGAAAAUUAGGGUUUUCAUAUUUGUCAGUCUUUCUGUGGCGUUUUCGGAGAUUUUUGCAGGCCGGGCUUAGGUAGAGAGAUAAAAGAAGGUGUGAACUCUUUGAUUUUAAGAUAAAAAAGUGGUCUUUCUUGUCCUCUUUCUCCACUGUUUUUCUCUUUCUUAAACUGACUUUCUAGAGAAAGAAAAUUAAGAGUCGGCUUAGAGAAGGGGAGAUGCGUUUUGAGUCAUGCAAUGCAUGGGCGUUGACAAGGAGACAGCUUUUUUCAUUAUGUCUUUGUUGCGAAUGAAAUUGUUAAAAAGGUUUUAGAAUUUAGCUCAAUCUGGGUAUUGUUUGUGAGGUCAAACUUGAGGACACGAAAGAGAAACGAAAUUGAAGCACAACCUUGUGAAAGUGAUAGUGACCGUUUCCAAAAACCUAGAAAAACAAACGAAAUGAAAUAAUAGAGGAAGUUAGAUAAAAAUAUUUUUUUUCAUUUUAUUCUCUUAUUUUAAUGAGUUUUGGGGGUUUGAUCAAGACUAGUAGCAGCAGCGACAGUGGUGGUAUGGGUGCAAGGAUUGUUGUGGCUGAUAUUGUUCCACCCAGCAACAUGCUAAGUGGUGCCAUUGUUGAGCCACCUCUACUCACCCAACAUAUUCCCAAAUCUAUGCAAAGCUCUCCUUCCCUCUCUCUCUCCUAUAAAAGAAUGGAUGCUCAUGGUGAGAUGGGGCUGAUUGGGGAAAACUUUGAUCCGGGUUUAGUUGGGAGGAUGAAGGAAGAUGGAUACGAGAGUAGGUCUGGAAGUGAUAAUUUUGAAGGUGCAUCCGGUGAUGAUCAGGAUGCUGCUGAUGAUGGACGGCCUAAGAAGAAAAAGUACCAUAGGCACACUCCACAUCAGAUACAAGAGCUUGAAUCUUUCUUCAAGGAGUGUCCUCACCCUGAUGAAAAACAAAGACUGGAACUCAGCAGGAGGCUAGCCUUAGAGAGCAAGCAAAUAAAAUUUUGGUUUCAAAACAGGAGAACCCAAAUGAAGACCCAAUUGGAACGCCAUGAAAAUGUCAUCCUUAGACAAGAAAAUGAUAAACUUCGAGCCGAGAAUGAUUUGUUGAAACAGGCCAUGAGUAGCCCAACAUGCAACAGUUGUGGUGGUCCAGCAGUGCCCGGUGAAAUAUCUUAUGAACAGCAUCAACUUAGGAUUGAAAAUGCUCGAUUAAAAGACGAAUUAAAUAGGAUAUGUGCUUUAACAAACAAGUUCUUGGGCAGGCCUCUCUCUUCCUCAGCCAGUCCUAUUCCCUCCCAGGGCUUAAACUCCAAUUUGGAGCUUGCAGUAGGAAGAAAUGAUUUUGGUGGCUUGAACAAUGCAGGCACUGCAUUGCCAAUGGGAUUUGAUUUUGUUGAUGGGGCUAUGAUGCCUUUAAUGAAAACUAUGGCCAAUGAAAUGCCAUAUGACAGGUCAGCCCUUGUAGAUAUUGCUUUGGCAGCUAUGGAUGAAUUAAUUAAGAUGGUGCAGUUGGAUAGUCCCCUUUGGAUCAAAGGCUUGGAUGGUGGGAUGGAAACCUUGAAUCACGAGGAGUAUAGGAGGACUUUCUCCUCUUGCAUUGGCAUGAAACCAAGUGGCUAUGCAACUGAGGCUACAAGGGAAACUGGCCUGGUUUUUCUCCGCGGCUUGGCUCUUGUAGAGACACUAAUGGAUGCGAACCGUUGGGCAGAAAUGUUUCCCUGCAUGAUUUCAAGAGUAGCAACCAUUGAUGUGCUAUCCAGUGCUACAGGUGUAACCAGAGACAAUACAUUGCAAGUAAUGGAUGCUGAAUUUCAAGUGCUUUCACCUUUGGUUCCUGUUCGUCAAGUGAGAUUCCUUCGGUUCUGCAAGCAGCAUACGGAGCGUGUGUGGGCUGUGGUUGAUGUCUCUAUUGAUGCUAGCCAAGAUGCUGCAAGUGCACAGAUGUUUCCAAACUGCAGGAGACUUCCUUCUGGCUGUGUUAUCCAAGAUAUGGACAAUAAGUACUCCAAGGUUACAUGGGUUGAACACUCGGAAUAUGAUGACAGUGCUGUCCACCAUCUCUUGCGGCCAUUACUCAGUUAUGGUUUUGGCUUUGGUGCACAUAGGUGGCUUGCCACUCUCCAAAGGCAAUGUGACUGCUUGGCUGUACUAAUGUCCCCCAACAUCCCGGGUGAAGAAAACACAGGAAUAACUCCGGCUGGGAGGAAAAACAUGUUAAAGCUGGCACAGCGCAUGACGUAUAACUUCUGUGCUGGAGUUUGUGCUUCAAGCGUGCAUAAGUGGGACAAGCUUAGUGUUGGUAAUGUGGGUGAAGAUGUAAGGGUGAUGACCAGGAAGAAUAUAGAUGAUCCUGGUGAGCCUGCUGGGGUUGUUUUGAGUGCUGCUACUUCUGUUUGGAUGCCCAUAACACAGCAAAGGCUGUUUGAUUUCUUGCGAGAUGAACGGAUGCGGAGUCAGUGGGACAUUUUGUCCAAUGGUGGGCCAAUGCAGGGGAUGGUCAAAAUUGCCAAGGGCCCCGGACAUGGCAACUGUGUCUCUCUCCUUCGUGGCAGUGCCAUUAAUGCAAAUGAGAACAACAUGCUAAUUUUACAAGAAACAUGGAGUGAUGCCUCUGGUGCAUUAGUAGUCUAUGCACCUGUUGACAUAUCAUCAAUUGGUGUGGUGAUGAAUGGUGGUGAUUCGGCUUAUGUGGCACUCUUACCAUCAGGAUUUGCAAUUCUUCCUGGUAUUUCACCUAGUUAUCAUGGUGGGCAAAGCAACUCUAAUGGACCUAUGGUGAAACCUGACAUUGAUGGGAGUAUAAGUGGUGGAUGCCUACUUACAGUUGGAUUUCAGAUUUUGGUGAAUAGCCUUCCUACGGCUAAGCUAACAGUGGAGUCAGUUGAAACUGUUAACAAUCUCAUCUCCUGCACAAUUCAGAAAAUCAAAGCUGCCCUUACAGCCUGA